AUGGAAGAUUGCAAGAUUUCGAUCAGGGCCGCUUUACUACCCUGCAGCAUCUGUCUUGAUCGUCCUGGAGAUUGCGUAUUGCUUCCGUGCAAUCACGGAGGUUUCUGCCAGGUUUGCAGUAUUUAUGUUGGAUGUAAUCUUGCUGUUGGAGGUCGCCAUUGCCCUAAAUGCCGUGAAUACAUCGAUCAAAUCAUUCGCAUUGGAAAGAUCCACGAGAUGGAGCUGAAAGGGAAUCCUGUCGCCCUACCGAUGCCGUUGGCGGAUGAGAAGCCUCCGGAGGCAGCAGCUCCGGUGGGUAUCGAACGAUCAAAGGGAAAUAGGAGGCAGGAAGCCCCCAAGAGAGGGACGACUACUACUACGGUCGGUAGCAGUAGCUGCAACAAUACUCCCAACCCGUCGGUUGCUGGUGAUGAUGAUGAUAUCGAUGGAGAUACGAACAAAUUUUCGCGGUCGAACUGA